AUGGCACUUCCCGCUAGAAGUACGAACAUAUCGGAUUACAAGACACUCAACUUGAAGCCCGAAACCACCCGUCCGUACCAAUCCGGCGAUCCAUCCGUCACAAGUGCUCCAGAAGUUCCAGGCACAAUGGAGAUCAUCGUCGGACCAGAGUCAAAUCAACGAACCUGGCAUAUUCCCAAAGCACGUCUAAUACGACAUUCAAGCAUGUUCGACGGAAUAAUCGCCGCAGACAGAAAGAUCUCCGAAGUCCAACUCCCAACCAUCACUCCCAACGCCUUCGCCGAUUUCGUUCCAUACAUGGAGUCGAGCGUAUACAGUCCGAACACAGUCGUUACCGGUUACCGUAGCCUACGAGCACAUGCUGAAGCCUGCCUCCUCGGAAUUAAGCUCGAAGCGAGUGAAUACUGGGAAGCCGGUAUGCGGGAAUUGUACAAGCUUGUCGAGCCACUCGCCCGGUCGACAAGAUCCGACGCGAAACAAUCUUUACUUCGAGCGAGUGAUAUUGCGUACAUCUGCGCUAACACCACCGCCGAGAGCCUUCGUCGUAUCGCGAUCAUCGGUCCUGUCGCAAGAAGACCGUCUGUUGGCUCCCCGCCUCCUCCAAGACAAGACCGCCACAGUCAGGCUUCCGCCGGGAUGGAACUACUCCAAAGACUCUUUUUCGACGCUCUCGCCUCUCAUUGGUCUCAGCGAGAUGUCCACUAUAUCGGCGCACAGGAUUCACCCCGUGGCGGCGGUUUCAACAGGAACGACGUUCCUGGAGAUAGCACCACGUGGGGAGAGCUAUGUGAGACGUAUCCUGACUUCAAAACCCAUAUGGAAAAUACCGGAGGCAUCCAAAGUCGUUACCGGGGCAGCAUACUGAGGGAAGUCAACACAUACCUCGGCCUUCCAGUUGAAGAUAAAGAAGAUGGUGGAAGUGACGGCAGCAGUCGCAGCAGUGCCACGGCGGUCCAGACAGAGGAUGUUGAUGACCUCGUGGAAGAAGAGACGCAACGGCCAAAACUCACGCUCAAACUGAGGGGCCUGAGGCGGAGGGGUAGUAGGGUGUUCGGAGAGGAGUUGUCGGGGAAUGUCUGGGAAGAGCACCAAGACCGUACUAGGCUUAGGGAGAGCGCGGAUGGAGAGGACACCAUUAACGACGCCGCUGAAGAAACUGCGACCCAGGAGACUACGGAGGGCGUGGACGCUGUCAGAGAUGAAUCAACCCAAUUCGAUGAGACUACAGAGGGCAUAGACGCGACAGGAGAUGAAGCAUCCGGAACCGAGGAGAGUACGGAGGGCAUGGACGCGGCCAAUGACGAAGCAUCCCGAAUCUAG